AUGGCGGCAGCCGUGCGGCAGGAUUUGGCUCAGCUCAUGAAUUCAAGCGGCUCUCAUAAAGAUCUGGCGGGCAAGUAUCGUCAGAUCCUGGAAAAAGCUAUUCAGUUAUCUGGGGCAGAACAACUUGAAGCUUUGAAAGCCUUCGUGGAAGCAAUGGUAAAUGAGAAUGUCAGCCUCGUGAUCUCUCGACAGUUACUGACGGAUUUCUGCACACAUCUCCCUAACCUGCCGGACAGCACAGCCAAAGAAAUAUAUCAUUUCACCCUGGAAAAGAUUCAGCCUCGAGUCAUUUCGUUUGAGGAACAGGUUGCUUCAAUAAGACAGCAUCUUGCAUCCAUAUAUGAGAAAGAAGAAGAUUGGAGAAAUGCAGCUCAAGUGUUGGUGGGAAUUCCUUUGGAAACAGGACAAAAACAGUACAAUGUAGAUUAUAAACUGGAGACUUACCUGAAGAUUGCUAGACUAUAUCUGGAGGAUGAUGAUCCAGUCCAGGCAGAAGCUUACAUAAAUCGAGCAUCAUUGCUUCAGAAUGAGUCGACUAAUGAACAGUUACAGAUACAUUAUAAGGUGUGCUAUGCCCGUGUUCUUGAUUAUAGAAGAAAAUUCAUUGAAGCUGCGCAAAGGUACAAUGAGCUCUCUUACAAGACAAUAGUCCACGAAAGUGAAAGACUAGAGGCCUUAAAACAUGCUUUGCACUGUACCAUCCUAGCAUCAGCAGGACAGCAGCGUUCUCGAAUGCUAGCUACUCUUUUUAAGGAUGAAAGGUGUCAGCAACUUGCUGCUUAUGGGAUCCUAGAGAAAAUGUACCUAGAUAGAAUCAUCAGAGGAAAUCAACUUCAGGAAUUUGCUGCCAUGCUGAUGCCCCACCAAAAAGCAACUACAGCUGAUGGUUCCAGCAUCUUGGACAGAGCUGUUAUUGAACACAAUUUAUUGUCUGCAAGCAAAUUAUAUAAUAAUAUUACUUUUGAAGAACUUGGAGCUCUUUUAGAGAUCCCUGCAGCUAAGGCAGAAAAGAUAGCAUCUCAAAUGAUAACAGAAGGACGUAUGAAUGGAUUUAUUGAUCAGAUUGAUGGAAUAGUUCAUUUUGAAACACGAGAAGCCCUACCAACAUGGGAUAAACAGAUACAAUCACUUUGUUUCCAAGUGAAUAACCUUUUGGAGAAAAUCAGUCAGACAGCACCAGAAUGGACAGCACAAGCCAUGGAAGCCCAAAUGGCUCAGUGAAUCCUCACCAAACUUCUGUGCACACUACAUCUUUUUCCAUGUUGUACAGAUUAAUUUCACUAUGUCUC